CUUUUUUAAUCGAAGUUCGUUUAAUUUAUCGUCACUUCAUUUUUUGAAUGCAUGGGCUUGAAUUGUAACUUGGUGUAAUGUCUUCACAAGGCGGUGACCCUGAGACGGUGGAGAGUCAGCCUCAGAGGUCGAGGGCGGCGGAUAAGUGGUGGAGCAAGGUUGUUGACGUGACGGAGGCCAAGGAUCAGAUACUCUUUGCUUUGCCGAUGAUACUUACAAAUGUUGCGUAUUACUUUAUCCCUCUUGUGUCGGUCAUGUUUGCCGGCAACCUAGGCGAUCUUGAGCUCGUCGGCUCUAACCUUGCUAGUUCAUGGGCUAAUGUCUCUGGUUUUGCUUUCAUGGUUGGGUUAAGUGGUGCACUUGAGACAUUAUGUGGGCAAGGAUUCGGUGAGAAAAGGCACCGGGCGCUAGGAAUAUACCUUCAGGCAUCUUGCAUCAUUACACUAAUCUUCGCAAUCGUCGUAUCUACUCUUUGGUGGUAUUCCGACAUCAUACUCUCAUUACUACAUCAAGAUCGUCAAAUUGCAAAAGCAGCUGGUCUCUAUCUCAAGUACCUCAUUCCCGGUUUGUUUGCUCAUGGUUUAUUGCAAAACAUAUUAAGAUUCCUACAAACACAAUCUAUUGUUAUGCCGCUUGUCAUGUGCUCGUUUGUUCCUCUUGCCCUACACGUCGGAAUCGCCUAUACUUUGGUUCACCGGACCCCACUUGCAUACAGGGGAGCUCCAUUAGCAGCUUCGAUUUCAUUAUGGUUAUCCUUUUUUAUGUUGGUCUUAUAUGUUUUCAAAGCCAAGAAGAUUGAGAAAACUUGGGAAGGGUUCACUUCGGAGUCUUUGAGUUACGUUUAUUCCAAUUUAAAAUUGGCUUUGCCUUCUGCAGCUAUGGUUUGCAUGGAGUGUUGGGCCUUUGAGAUUCUUGUUUUGCUAGCAGGAUUGAUGCCAAACUCCAAAAUUAGUACCUCUCUGAUUGCUAUUUGUGUGAACACACAAGCCAUUUGCUACAUGGUUGCAUAUGGCCUAAGUGCUGCAGCCAGCACGAGGGUGUCGAACGAGUUAGGAGCUGGAAAUCCAAACCGAGCUAAGCGUGCAGCGGUUGUCACUCUUAAGCUGACUCUUGUUCUUGAACUAUGUGUUGUUUUAGCACUCUGUUUUGGACAUAAUAUUUGGGCUAACGCCUUCAGUCACAACCCUGACAUCAUUAAAGCUUACGCCUCGAUGACACCCCUACUCGCGGUGUCCGUAUCGUUCGAUGCCGUUCAAACAGUCCUAUCAGGGGUGGUGAGAGGAUGUGGUUGGCAGCAUUUGGCUGUUUUUAUUGUUAUAGGUAAUUUCUAUUUCAUUGGCAUGCCUAUUGCUGCUCUUCUUGGUUUCAAAUUCAACCUACAUGCCAAGGGGUUGUGGAUUGGAUUAAUUUGUGGGGUAUCAGCAGAGAUGGUAGGGCUAUUGUUGCUUACAAAGUUCGCAAAAUGGACAAGAGUAGAGCUAUCUCAAGAAUCAUCAACUCAAUCAACCCUGGACGAAUAAAGUUUGGGGGGUGAAAGUCUAUAACAUAAUAGAUAAAUACCAAAUUAAAAUAAUAAUAAUAAUAAAAAAUGUGUUUUUUUUCUUCUGCAGGGGCGGUGCCACCCCCGGUCUCUUACUGGUUCCGCCCCUGGUUGCAUGUGAUUUGAAGCGGCGGAAGUGAUUCGUUACAGUACCACUCUUUCUUUAAUCCUAUAAAAAACCAGUGAUGAAGAUAUUUUUUUUAAUUUUUACAACAUAAAGAUAUUUUUUUUAAUUUU